CCCUGCGCCUACGAGAUGGCAACCGAACCGACAAACCGACCAGUAUAGGUUGCCGCAUACUGGGGGCACCCCUGCGCCUACGAGAUAGCUAACGAACCGACAAACCGGCUAGCAUGGUUACCGAAUGAAAGAAAAUAGGGGCAUCCUACCAACUAUGGCGCCACUGAUAAUAGACCACGCACCAUCUAGCAGAAAUAGUGGCAACUAUUUUCACUACAAACUUGGGCGUUUUAUCACCGAUAACUCUUGUGUCCGCUGAAUCGCUGAAUGCACGCCAUGUGUUUGUACCUCUUCAGUUAAAGCUAGAUGAAUUAAGGUUAGUCAUGUCAGACGCUUUCGAGGAAAUUCAAGCUAUUAAAAUAAAGAGAAACAGUCUACGGGAAAAAUUACAGAAAAGAAAACGUGAGAGACAUGAAUUAUUUACUCUUACUUCUACAACACCAGUAUCAUCCACCUUGACGAGCGAUUCAUCUGUUACUGGCGAUGCAACUGGGCAUACACACAGAUCUGACCACAGCGAAUAUGAAAGGGACAUUCUGUGCAUUCUUCAUGAAUCAUUACCCAAUUUACCUAUUACAUCUGCAGAAUUAAUAGAUCAACUUCGAAAAAAUUUGAAUGCAGAUGUAUCUUCCACUGAUAUUCAUAAAAUUUUAGAGAAGUUUGCAGCACAAGAUAUUGUUAAAAUCAAAGAAGUUACAGAGAAUGGUAUUUUUGGAUAUACUGUGUUAUCAGUGAUAGAAUCACAAUCCUCGUAUCAGUCUCAAUCGGAUGAUACAGAAAAUCCAGAAAGUGCAGAAACAUCUGCAUCCGAACUAAAUGAUUAUGCACCUGCAGAAAAGCAACUCAAAUUGGAUAAAAAAAACACAGAGGAUAUAAUGUCACUUAUUUCAAUGCCAACAAUUAGGGAAAAAGAAAAUAAGAAGGUUGGAGAGCAAAUUCUAGACUUGUUGUCUAAACAAACGUCUAAAGAAAAAUCAUUGGCUGAACGAUUUCGGUCUCAAGGAGGAGCUCAGGUCAUGGAAUUUUGUCCUCAUGGUACAAGAGUGGAUUGUGUUAAAUUAAAUGGCGGACCUGGAUUUGCAGAGAAAUGCAAGAAACUUCAUUUCAAAAAGAUUAUUCAAAGUCACACAGAUGAAUCUUUAGGCGACUGUAGUUUUCUCAACACUUGCUUUCAUAUGGAUACAUGCAAGUAUGUUCAUUAUGAAGUAGAUGGACCAACAAUUCAACAGAAGGAAUCAAAUGACUCGGAUAACGCGAGUAAUGUCACGGUGGCUAAAGCUUUAAUAUUAGAUAGUAAAAAUGGUAGCAACGCUACUUGUCCUACCAGCGGUGGAUCGUUAGGUAGCGCAUUGACUCUUCAUCCACCGCAAUGGAUACAGUGUGACUUACGGUAUCUUGAUAUGACUGUACUGGGUAAAUUUGCUGUUAUAAUGGCAGAUCCUCCAUGGGACAUUCACAUGGAAUUACCGUAUGGUACCAUGUCGGACGAUGAAAUGAGACAAUUAGGGAUACCGGCUCUUCAAGAUGAAGGUCUUUUAUUUUUAUGGGUAACAGGGAGAGCGAUGGAGCUUGGCAGGGAAUGCUUACAGUUAUGGGGUUACGAGAGAGUAGACGAAAUUAUAUGGGUAAAAACCAAUCAGUUACAAAGAAUUAUAAGAACUGGUCGGACGGGUCAUUGGCUGAAUCAUGGUAAAGAACAUUGUCUGGUUGGUAUGAAAGGAAAUCCAAGAAUUAAUCGGGGAUUGGAUAGCGACGUUAUUGUAGCCGAAGUUCGCGCCACUAGUCACAAGCCAGACGAAAUUUAUGGAAUUAUCGAACGUAUGAGCCCGGGGACAAGAAAGAUCGAAUUAUUUGGUCGACCACAUAAUGUUCAACCUAAUUGGAUAACAUUAGGUAAUCAAGUAGAUGGUGUUCAUUUGAUUGAUCCUCAACUCAUAAAGGCUUUUAAAAAACGUUAUCCAGAUGGAAAUUCGAUGAAACCUGCGAAACCAUAAGUAUUUUAGAUUAAUGUAAAAUAAGUGGACUGUUAUUUUAUUACAAGAAUUAUAAGAAUAAAACCGU